AAUCCGCGGGCACGGUCCUGUGUAAAUACCUUGCUCCGCCCGUCGCCCGCUGCCUGGUCCCUCCCCUGCAACCAUGUCUUCGACUUUCCUCCCACCCGGGCCCGACGCCGCCACUGCCCGCCGGGACCGGUUUGAGCACCCCCAUGGCCGUCCAGCCCAGGACGCUCAACACCAAAACCAAGCCCGCCGCGAGCACCUGACCCCCUUCUCGCCCCAACUCGGAAGCACCACGACCUCUCCGGCCUUCAGUACAAACACCCCCGCAGAGUCGGUGUCAACCCUCAGCGUGCACUACCAGUCUAGCGAGUACAGCGAGCUGGACGACCCCUUCUUCGGUGUCAACUUCAACACCGCAGACGGCGCUUCUCCCUCCUUCUUGGGCGACGAGAUCCUUCAGUUCAGCAGCGGCGGGCAGCUCGCCAGCACUCCAGGCGCCCCGAUCGUGCCCGCAAACACGCAGGAUGUGCACCGGUCCGCGUCCUAUCUACCCCUGAGCCCGGACAAGAGCCCGUCGUUGCCCGGCGGAUCACCCAGCGGACAGACCAGGGAAGAAGCGGCUACACGGGGCGUGUUUGCAGACCUGUGCAGGACCUCGGUUGCGCCCCAGGAGUUGUCGCUCUCACACGAGUCGUCUCCCGCGUCUCUGAACAGACCCACCUCUUCCCAGCUGACACCGCGUACAAGCGAGAGCGCCGAAUCCAGCGUCGACGGCCGCGUCCCGUCAGCCACCAUGCAGAGCCCACGUGUCACCGUUUCCCAUUGGGAUAGGGAUAACGGGGGAGGAGUACACCAAGCGAGCGCUGAACACCCGGAACUCAGUGGCCCGGCCUUCGUAGCGGCCCGUGAUGAUACCGGCCGGUGGAUCCCAAAUCCGUCGACUGGGCAAAGCGGCCUAGACCCGUCGGCCCGUUCUGCUGUCCAGGUCGACAGCAUCAACGAUCUGGACGCUCAACGAAGGCUGAGUAAGCGCAAUCAAGAAGUCGACGCCUGGCUGGAACGGACAGCGCCUUUGUCUCACUCCGAUCCGCGGGCCGGGGAGCAUCCGGCGGAUGCUCCGAACGAUGGACCCGACAACAUCCCCUCCCGGGAGAUCGCUAUGGGCGACAGAACAGAGAACAGGCCCUUGCCAGGACAGACCUACUUCGUUGAGACUGGCGGCGAGCUGACUCGGGAAGAUCUGGAGAUUAUGCGCCAGGCCCGCAACUGGGACGACGCCCCCGUCCCCUUCUCCAUCACCCUACCCAAUUCCACUGCAUAUCAGCCACAAACCUCUCAAGCCGCUAUGGAGAAAUACCAGCGGAUGUGUCGGGAUACUGAUUCUAUCGUGUCGAGAGCAGCGACUUGGGGCACGCGGCGCCUCAGCCUGCCCAGCAUUAUCGAUACCGAAGUUCAAGUCGCUGGGAACCUCCUGAAAAAGCUGUCCCUGAACCGCGGAGACGCACGACGGCCGAGCAUUUUUGAGGGACUUCGCGGCCUCGUCCGGAAACCCAGCAUCAACUCCAGCAAACGCACUCGCGCUGAACAGGACGAUGCCAGCUCCUUCGUCGCUGACUCUCCGGGCAAAGAUACCCCGGCCAAGCUCGCCCCUCCGAGUCCUAAGUCUGGGUGGUCCAGGAAACGGAGUGUUCCCAGCAUAAACACCACCUUCGUGGAUGUCGGAAGCAGGGUGGCGUCAAUUGGUGCAUCUCAUACCCGAACCGGCUCCGUCAGCGCCACGCCCAUCACCUCGCCGAGGAGCCCCAGCGGCCUCGGCCUAAGCGUCAAGAAGCCGCUAAACCGUCUGCGCAGCAAAUCCGACACUUCCGGGAUUGUUGAUCUGUGGAAGAAGAGUGGCGGCCCCCCGGUAUCCAGCCUCGGUAAUUCUAGGGUGAACGUGACCGAAGCUGAGGACGAUGAAGAUGACGAAGACGACGGGUACGAGGACGGAGACUCGACGGCCGAAUCAGACAAGCUCAUUGACGACAUCACGCCCGACUUUGAGGGCUUCCAGAAGCACCUCCUGAAGCUGAACCCCCUCCUGGCUACCACCAAUGAUUACUUGAUCGGCCGCAUCGCGCAUCACCAAGUCCAACGGUACAAAGGCCUCCUCAACGCGCGGGUUAAACACCUGCAGGCCGUCUCCGCCAAGAACUGCGGUUGCGGGUCCAUGUGUGUUCUUUUGGGAGGCAGAGCCAAUAAAUUGGAUUCGAAGGGUGAUUCGCGCGGCCUCGACCCCUUAUCUGCCAAGUAUGACGGCUCAGACGGCGAUGCCACGCCACUGGAAGGGUCCAUCAACCCAGAUAGCUUCCCCCAGGGCAUUCCCAUGCCGCCCACGACCUCGUUGCCGGCCGAGUUCGAGUGCCAGCUGUGCUUCAAUGCCAAGAAAUUCUACAAACCGUCCGACUGGACCAAGCACGUCCACGAGGACGUCCAGCCCUUCACUUGCACAUGGGAGCGUUGCAAGGAGCCCAAGAUGUUCAAGCGGAAAGCCGACUGGGUGCGCCACGAGAAUGAAGGACAUCGCCACUUGGAGUGGUGGACCUGCGACGUCGACGACUGCCGCCACGUAUGCUACCGCCGGGACAACUUCCUGCAGCAUCUCGUCCGCGAGCACAAGUUCGCCGAGCCCAAGGUGAAGACCAAAGCAGCCAUGAAACGCGCAGGAGGCGAGGACCCAACCUGGGCCAAGGUAGAGCGGUGUCAUCAACUGACUACGGAAACCCCUCAACGCGAGCCCUGCCGGUUCUGCGGCAAAGUCUUCCCGACGUGGAAGAAGCUGACCGUCCACCUGGCUAAGCACAUGGAACACAUCAGCCUGCCGGUCCUCAAGCUGGUGGCCAUGAAAGAACUCGACGAGAACACCAUCAUCAGUCCUGUACAAGACCCCCCUCCGCGUUCGUUCCCCCCAACCUUAGCCACCCGGGCAGAGCAGCACCCCUCCGGUCCGUCGCCGAUGAUACCUCAGGUGCCAAUGCCGCAUCAACCGGGUCCCAUGGGCUACCCCAACCCUGCACACGCACCCCCGCCUCUCGGGAUGUACCCCAUCGCCCCAGCAUCGGCCUACCCGGCGGGUCUCUUCAGCCCCAACUUCGACGACCUCGCCCCCCACGGCAUGACCCAAGCACAAUUCAACCUGCCGGCGCCGACGAGCCACCCCCACCACUACCAGUCGCUCAACCCGCCGACUGCCUUCCCCAGCCUGCCCGUGACCUCGGCCGCCGCGAGCGGCUACGUGCCGGCGCCCCAGGCGAGCAGCUACAUCUCGAUGGCUCCGGACAUCGAGCCGUUCCCGGCGCUCAGCAUGAAUGCACUUGGGCUGGGGCUGCAAGACCCCAGCGCUGGCGCGCAGAUGGGAUACGACAGCAGCAGCAGCCCCGGCGGCGGCAUCUUGGAUCCCCAGGGCCUGCACCAGCAGCAGCAACAGCAACAGCAGCAGCAGCCGCAUCACCAUCAACCGCAGUACUCGCCGCAGGGGUCGGUCUCGCCGUAUGGGCAUUCGCCGGCCCCGCAGCAGGGCGGGUUCUUUUGACCUAGUUCCGCUUGAAUGUCAUCGGGCUGGGCUGACCGAGUGGUGCGAUCAUGGCCUUUUAGACGACGGUUGUUUUCGUUUGGAGCGAUUUGGUUAUUUUAUUUAUUUUCUUGGGUAU